CUGACCAUGCUGUCUGCACGGGCAGUUGCACAACACGCAAAUGUAGCCGAACAUCAAGUUGCAGCAGCACAGAGAGACGUUAACCUGAACGCAUCACGGAUCAGCUGAUGAGUUAACAUAUCUUGACGCACAUUUUCACAGUUCAGCAGCUGAGAGAGGAGCGUUUCAUCCUGGUGCUGCUCCAUCCAGCCCGGCUCAGCUUCUGAAUAUUCAUGACAGCGGCUCUGAACGUCAGGACGCAGCGGCGGCUCUUCCUCCCUGACAGAGAGCGGAGGGAGGCUGAGAGAGGAGACAACAUGCCAGAGCCCGGCUGCAUCUCUCCCUCCAAACGGCACCGAUCGGCUGCAUCUGAGAACAAAUCCGCCCUCAACUCCUCUCACACUGCAACGCAGACAAGAAGAGGGCAGCGAUUAGCUUAGACUGGGGGAAGGAAAGAGAGAAAAACAAGAGAGGGUGGGAGGGAAGGAGGGAGAGACAAACACCGCCUCUUUUUCCCUUUUCCUUUUUUCUUCUUGGAGCUGACUCGUAUUUAGUAGACGAACCUCAGGUUUACAUUUGCAGAGUGGAACGGAUCGAGUCCUAAUAAAGGAGAAGAAGAAGGAAAGGAGGGGAUGCUUCGGUGCGAGCGGCUUUUGCUGAGCCUCACUUGGAUGAUGGAUGAGGCACACCGAGGUUAAAGAGCUGGCGACUCACCACGUUGCGGAGGAGAGGGGGUGUUUUUGCAGCUGUUGGUGAGGAUGAAGCCUACUCCGUUGUCAUUUCUCGUUUAUAAAGGGUAGCUCCUAAAACGGAGGGAGCGCGGCUGGAGCAGAGCAUCGUUUCCUGCCUCGAACUUCCCGCAGAAGAAGGCGAUGCUGCGAGGCGAACAGCGCGCAGCUUCCUGAGCUGUCCGUGGUGCUGAACCUACCAGUCGGCUCCCAGGGUCUCCGCGUGCCGACCUACAUCCGCUCCGAGCACAACAGUCCCCCGCAGAAGGUGACAGAGCACGGGUCCACCACACACGGACAGUGGCUGGGCUUGACUCGAGUCAGCCAGACGAGAUUCUCUUUAAUGGCUGUGGCACGCAAAAUCAAAACUUUGCUGACGGUCAACAUUUUGGUGUUCGUGGGGAUUAUCCUGUUCUCAGUCUACUGCAGGAUCCAGGACCGAUCCGAGGAGCUCAUCCAGAUUGGGCGCAUUUCUGAUCAGAGGCUCAGAGCCAGAAAUGGAAAAGUUUCCAACUUGGUGGACAGGCAGUCCAUUCUUCAGCGUCUGGAGAGACUGGAGGAUGUGGUGUACAACCAGUUAAACGGUUUAGCAAAGCCCAUGGGCCUGGUGGAGGGACCUGGAGGUCUUGGCCAAGGGGGAGCUGCUGCCACUCUUGGAGAAGACAGCCACGAUUCAGAGGGGAAGUAUGAGGAGUACGGCUACAACGCUCAGCUCAGUGAUCGCAUCUCCCUGGACAGGAGCAUCCCAGAUUACAGGCCUAAGAAGUGUAAGCAGCUGACUUACCCAGAGGACCUUCCUCAGAUCUCUGUGGUCUUCAUUUUUGUGAAUGAGGCGCUAUCAGUGAUCCUCCGCUCCGUCCACAGCGUGGUCAAUCACACACCUGCACAUCUGCUCAAGGAAAUCAUCCUUGUGGAUGAUAACAGUGACAGCGUGGAGCUGAAAUUCAACCUGGAUCAGUACGUGAACAAACGCUACCCUGGCUUGGUGAAGAUUGUGAGAAACAGCAAGCGGGAGGGCCUGAUCCGUGCCAGAAUCCAUGGCUGGAACGCGGCCACGGCUCCCGUCGUCGGCUUCUUUGAUGCUCAUGUGGAGUUCAACACUGGCUGGGCUGAACCCAUUCUGACCCGAAUGAAAGAAGAUCACACCCGCAUCAUCCUUCCUGCCAUAGACAACAUCAAGUACAACACCUUUGAGGUGCAGCAGUAUGCCAACGCCGCCCACGGCUACAACUGGGGCUUGUGGUGCAUGUACAUCAUCCCUCCACAGGAGUGGCUGGACAAGGGCGAUGAGACAGCCCCCAUCAGAACUCCAGCGAUGAUUGGCUGCUCCUUUGUGGUUGAUCGGGAAUACUUUGGUGAGAUGGGCCUGCUGGAUCCAGGUAUGGAGGUGUACGGAGGAGAAAACAUCGAGCUGGGCAUGCGGGUGUGGCAAUGUGGCGGGAGCAUGGAGGUCCUGCCGUGUGCCCGAGUAGCCCACAUUGAGCGCACCAAGAAACCAUACAACAACGACAUUGACUACUAUGCCAAACGCAAUGCCCUGAGAGCGGCUGAGGUGUGGAUGGAUGAGUACAAAUCCCACGUCUACAUGGCCUGGAACAUCCCCAUGAACAACCCAGGUGUUGAUUUCGGGGACGUGUCGGAGCGCUUGGCCUUAAGGAAACGGAUGCAGUGUCAAAGCUUUCGCUGGUACCUUGAGCACGUUUACCCAGAGAUGAGGAUCUACAACAACACCAUCACAUACGGCGAGGUGAGAAACAGCAAGGCCAGUGGCUACUGUCUGGACCAAGGCUCUGAGGACGAUGACAAAGCCAUCCUCUACCCCUGCCACGGCAUGUCCUCACAGCUUGCCCGCUACUCGACAGAGGGCCUUCUGCAGCUUGGACCUCUGGGGUCGACCACCUUCCUGCCUGACACAAAAUGCCUCAUUGAUGACGGAAGAGGACGGACUCCCAGUCUGAAGAAAUGUGAUGUCGUCUCCAGGAUUUCACAAAGGCUUUGGGACUUCACACAGAAUGGUCCAAUCAUUAACAGAGACACUGGUCGGUGUCUGGAAGUGGAAAUGUCCAAAGAUGCUAACUUUGGUCUGCGCCUGGUGGUCCAGAGAUGCUCGGGCCAGAAGUGGAUGAUACGAAACUGGAUUAAACAUCCCAGACACUGAUAGGACAGAGCAGUGCUUUGUUAUAUUUGGGCACGUUUUCAGUCACAGUGGGUUUUUGAAUUGUGGAGCAUUCAGGAAAGAGCUGGAACAAGUGUUGCUAUAAUGUGUUGGUUUUCACACUAAAGACUUAAUGGCACACUGAGCUCUCCUCAGCACCCAGAUCGUUUCUUACACUUAGCCCUAAAUAAGAAUAUGAUCAAUCCUUCUGUUCGCCUGAGCUCCACAAUCACACCAGACCUUAAGUCCAACUGCACUGUUAGAAACGGCCCACACCUCUGACCUUCAGCCAUAUGUAUAGAACACAUCAGCUUUGUGUAGUCUCUAACACUGGUUCAAAAUCCUACGGUAGGGCCUCUCCUGUAAAAAAAAGUCUCGCAUCACUGAAGAAAAGAAGUCGUGCUGGUGCUUAUGUGUUCAUUGACUUUUUUUGCGGGGCACACUGAGGUAAAUUAGGAGAGAUAAUUGCUGUCAGUGGCUACGUGGAAUGGAUUUCCUUCAGAGGAAAUUUGAGGAAAUGGCUGUGAACAUAAUGUGGUGCCCUGGCCAGGUGUGUCAUAGGAUUUAAAGGGGCUGGCCAUCGUCCAGUCAGGGGGAAUUUCACCUGCUCUCCCACAAACCACCACACGUCUUUGUUUCUUCAGACCUGAGCGCUCACAGUGGACAAGAGCAAUCAUGUGCCUUUUUAUUUUAUUUUCUUUUUCAGAUUCAUCUGACCAGGGAAUGUCAACCCCAAAAGCAUGUAAAAAUUAUUUGCUAAUUAAAUUAUAAACUAAAGCAAUCUAAUGAUAGUAAUAUAUUGUAAAAAGUGGAAAGUUGAUAUCUGUCCUCUGAUAACAAUUAGGAUAUUAAAAUCCUUUUUAUGA